UCGUGCUCGGGUUAUGGCGCUGUGCAGAACAUGAGCGGCGACAGGUUUAACGUUGGCGAUCACUAGGGUUUCGCCAUGAAGUGCACAGAGGCGGGGGGCGCCCGUUAUCGCGCAUGACGAGGUGAUCGUUGUUACCGGAGAGGACGCGUGGUCACAGCAGAUCCGGCGUGCGCUGGGUUAAUCGCGGCCGCCGUGUGCGGGAGGAUUGGGCGGGCUUGCUGCUGUAGAUCGAUGUGAAGACCGGAGGAGGAGGAGACCCAGGCCGUCAGGUCUCCGGAGAACACAUGCAAUUUAAGAUUUAAAAAAAGAAAAAUUGCGAUCUACAACAAUACAUUUUUGGAGUAAGAAAUCUGAACCUUCUGGGCUUUCAUUAAAUCCAGGAACUGUUUGUUUUGAACUCCACAUCAUCUAAAGAAGUUGUCAGUGUUACAGUUGAUAAGUAAAUGUGUUCCUUCUCCAUUAACUGGUCCUUUUAAAUAAUAAAUAUGUAACUAAAGAGAAUUUUUAUGCGAACAAGCAAGAAACCUUGGAACAGGAACCAUGAUGAAUAAUAUGCUACCAAAACAAAUGUUGGAAAAGUUCAACUGUGAAAAAUGCAGAUUUUCCACAAAGGACCCAAAUAAGUAUAGAAACCAUGUGUCGCUUCACAAUGACAUUAAGUAUGCAUGCUCGCAUUGUGACUUUGUGUCUUACACUAAAACUGAAUUUCAAAAACACUUGGUGACACAUACCGGAAAGUUUCCUUACACCUGUGGGUACUGUGGAUAUGGGGCAAUUAGAAACGAUUACAUUGUCAAACACAUCCGAAGAAUUCAUGGUGAUGGCAAGAUCCUGUGUUCUGUGAGCACCGUUGAAAACGAGUCCAAGAAAGCAUCAAUUAACAUAACACAAACUCACGUUAUGGCACCCACUGUCCAGAACAUCUUACAGAACAGCCCUUCCUCAUUCACUGAAGACAUAAUAGACCUAACAACAGAAGUAGAUGGUCUUGGCUCAAGUAGCAAUAAUAUUUUCCCCAAUGGAAAUAACAUUGCAGGUCAUGUCGAAGUUGAAGUAAUUUCACCAGUAGACCAGCAGCUAAAUCCAUGGAUACCAUUAACUGUGGUUGCACCAACAUCUUUUAGAGUGCCGCACAAUUGUAUCGCUCAGGUCGUGGAAGUAAAACCAGUCAACAGUGCAUGUCACUUGGUUUUGAAGUGUUUGAAUUUGGUCGAAUAUGGAAUGCCAAACCAACCUGUCACUACUGAACAUAUUUAUGAACAAAAAUUUUCUGUACUUGCCACCUCAUCUAAAAACAUCAUAGAAAAUCCAUCUAAAAACAUCAUAGAAAAUCCAUCUAAAAACAUCAUAGAAAAUCCAUCUAAAAACAUCACAGAAAAUCCAGCUAAAAACAUCACAGAAAAUCCAGCUAAAAACAUCACAGAAAAUCCAGCUGGUCCUUCAUUACAGGAGUGUGCAGUAUUACGUGAAGUCUGCCAAGAGAAUGUAUUGUGCCCGUCAAAUGCUGUUUGUGCAACUGAAGAAAAUCUUCCCACCAAUGUGACCUAUCCAAAAGAUAAUACCAAUGAAAUAAUAAAUUCUAUCAAUGAUGUUGUCAGUGGCAUGUUUGAUGACCUUGAAGAGUUUUCUGGAGGACCAAUAAUUUCAGCUGUGUUUUCGCUAAGUUCCGACUCUCAAAAUACCAUUGAAGGUAUACAAUGGGAAUGUCCAUUUAGCAGUCCAAACACGGGUCCAUCAAAUGAUGCUGAUACUACACCCUCCUGUUUGAAUCCCCCUACCAUUCAAGAAGGACCUAUUGAACGUGGCUCUGAGUUAAAGCUGCAGCAGAUUGAAAUGGACAAAUCUCAGGAUCUUGUCAAAGACGUUGUCAUGAAGAGUGAAAAAGAACCAUCUGAAAUUAUUAUGGAGGACGUUAAGCAAAGCACUGAUCCUGAAAUACAGUUAUCUAUUAAGACAGUACCAACAGAUGUCAAGAAGACUGAAUGUCAGCCAUGUGUUUUUCAGAAGAGCAGGAAAAGUGGGCGUAUAUCAGAACGUCUUGUCAAGAUGGAAAAAAUCGACUUUAGCAAGCCCCAGACACUCUUUUUAUCUUGUGACAAAAGAAUAGUCAUGCAGCCUCUUUCGUGCACAAUGCAGAAUAAUAAUGAAACAUUGUCUCUGAUGGGUAAAGUUAUGCCGCAGCUGCAGGUCCCAAAUAAAAUGAGGAGGGAGAAUGCCAAAGUGAAGCUUAAAAAAGUGUUGGCUACAACUAUGAAAGCCAGAUCCCCACCAAACCUAAGAACUCUCCGACUGCAUCCUUUUAAGGUGGAUCAGGCGACGCACAUGCCGUGCUACAAUCAACCUGUAGUUGUAUUAAACCACCCUGAUCUGGAGUCAAUGGAAACAUCUCAUAUUAUGAAAGCGAUCCAGGUGUUUAGGGGCAAAAUCACAAAAAUAACACUCUCCCAGCAAAUGCUUAAGAAGUAUGUAUGAUAACAGUCUAGUUGUCAAGUGUUGGUCUUCAUACACUAUCCGUUUUCAAUUAUUUUUUUUUUCUUAGAAUAAUUAAAUAUUAAAGCCAUGGUUUUGAACUAUAGACAUCAUUUUUUUUUUUUUUUUUUUUUUGCAUUAGAUGUGCUUUAGGACGUUCAGUCAUUCAGUUAAAAUUUUCUAAAUAUGUACAUUUUGUUUUUGGGUCUGUUGAUCUACAUUCUCCUCAUUGUGAAUGGAGGUUAAUUGGUAACUCUGGACUCUAAUUUUUAAUUUGUGUGUCUUCAACAAGGCAUUAGAGCCUUUCUACAGUCUAUAGGACCUAGAUACAGGGUGAAAAAGUUGUGAAAGUUUUUUCACCACAGACAUUAAUGGCAUAUCUUAUGCUCACUUUACUUCUUUCACACCACAAAGUAUGAAGUGACCAUUUAUGUACAGCCUCCUUCCCUCUGCAAACAUGGAACAUGAGACCACGUUUUUCAGGAUCUUAUCACCUUAAAAAGAGUUGUCUGGUUUCCACCUAGGUAUCUGCCUAGAAUAAAGAACUGAUAAGUAGUUAGCAGAUCCAGUGCCACCACUUAAGUUCUCCCAGCUGGGCUUUAUUUACCGAGAUACAGCAUCCAUCACGUCAACAAUAUCUCACUGCUGUACCUGCUGGGUUCUGCGGUACCACUGAAGCCCAUGGUUGGCUGCAGCGGUCACUUGUCAAUAUAUGAUGUCACACCGCAGCUGGGUAAAUAGAGUCCGGCCGAGAGAACUGGAAUUGGGAGGCUGCAUCUGGCAGGUAAGUACUUUGCAGUUCUUUAUUGCAGGCUGAUCCCGUUGUCCGGACUCCACCUGAAAGCAGACAACACCCUUCAAAUGUUAGUGGGUCGGAAAAGUCUGUUAAGCCAGUAUUCCUACUUUUGUUUUUAAAGCUGGCCUUACAUAUUCGAUGUAAAUCAGCGGGAUCGGCCUACAAUCUAAUGUGUAUGGGGACCUCUUAACUCUUUCCUGAUGGCAGAUGUUGGAUGCAGAUAAGGAUUGGGCUUUUGGCUGACAGAUAUCUAAUGUGUAUGGCCAACAGAAUACUAACCAUAAACAGUAUUUUAUGGGUUGUGGCAAGUUUUGAAGUUAUCCCCUAUCCACAGUAUAGCGGUUACCUGAUUGGUGGGGUCUGACGACUGAACCUGUCACCGUCCCUUUAAAAUGCCAUCAUUGACGCCA